AAAACUGAAUAUAUGACAUUCCGUAGUGCCGGAUCCCAUUCCCUACAUCCUGUCCUGGCUCGCAACUAGUGCGAGGCCCUUGGGCCCGGCUGUUCUGGUAUUGGGACCGCGCUGGCCUUCUCAGCUAUCCGGAAGAACUUUUUGAUAACUCCACUGCUCGGGUGUCCUUUGGACACCUUGUUCACCUCGCCAAACGACGUCCGCGCCAAGCUUCAACGUCGCAUUGAUUCUCUAUUCCUCGUGCAGAAAAGAAGGCAUUCCCGCACUAUGCUCAUCGGCGCCGGUGACCACCACGAAACCAUCAAUGUCACCCGCUCAGCGCCCCUCACCCUGCUCGGCCAACAUACCGCCAACACGUUGCUGACUCCGACAAACGCCUCCGCCCUUCCCAACCUCGUCCGCAUCUCCAACAAUUCCUUCGUGCACGCCGGCCAAGACGACGCCUCCUCCGCCGUACUCGUCGUGUUGCCCAACGCCGCCGGCGCGCUCACCGGCUUCAGCCGACUGGCGCCCCUCUCCAACCCCAUUUCGGCAACGUCGACUUCCGGGCAGCGCAUAUAUUCCCACGCCAACUACGCGAUCUCGCAAGCGCUCGUGACGGACAUAUCGUACGCGAACGCGUCCUUCUACGGCUGCUCGUUCGCGAGCUACCAAGGCACGUGGUACACCGGCCGGAACGGGAGCACCGCAUAUAUUCCCACGUACGCCAACUACGCGAUCUCGCAAGCGCUCGUGACGGACAUAUCGUACGCGAACGCGUCCUUCUACGGCUGCUCGUUCGCGAGCUACCAAGGCACGUGGUACACCGGCCGGAACGGGAGCACGUACGUCGUCGACUCGAUCGUCUACGGCCAAACCGACUGUACCUCCCCCGACGCGAACGCCACGACGGUCACCGCUGGCGAGUGUUAUCUAGGCCGGCCGUGGAACGACCUCGCGGCGACCGUGUACCUGAACGUGUCCAUGGACGCCAGCAUCAAUCCCGCCGGUUUCAAGCCUUUCUCCUCCGGUGGCGUCAUCGCGAACACCACGUUCUACGCAGAGUACAACUCGACCGCUCUCGGAGGAGGUGUAACACGUACAUCGCUAGCCAAUGCUGCUACGUCAUCUGUCCGCCUCGUCCUGAGCAAGAUAUCGUCUUUCAUGCAAUGCCUCAGGAGAGGGUCGCGCACGUCCGCCGUGCGGGAGCUGUACGCGUCUACGGUGAUGUUCAAGCAUCGCAUCUGGUGGAAGAGCGCGACGGUGUACGUCUGUGGGGCGGAACUUGGCUCCGACUUCGGCGGGAGGUGGACGAGGUGGCUACCGUUUGGCAGGAGCUGCUCUAACUCGGCUUUUCCGCGCGCGGUGCCUAUGUGGUAG